GCCGCGGCCCGGCCGCGCCCAUUCCCGCCCUUUCCCGGCCGCGGCGGGCGCUGAGGCGGCGGCGGAGCCCCGGGGGCGCCGUGAGGGCUGCCCGGGACCCUGGGGCUUUGGGACCGGCGGGGCUCCCUUUGGGACCGGCCGGGCUCCCUCUGCUGCUAAGGGAGGUGCGAGCAGCGCUGUCCCUGCCGCCUGUGCGUCCCCUCAGGCUGACGGCCUGAGUCUCCCUCACUGCUCUGAGGUGCAGACUGUUAAAGAGGUACCCAUAAUAGGUACAGUAGGGAAAGAUCUCACCAUGGCACCAUCAGGAAGAAAGCAUGGAGGAAAGGCUGGUAAACCAGCUCAGGAAGAUCAGACCAUACCUUCUUUUGACUUUGAGGAGGAAAGAAAAGAACUGAGUGGAUCAGAGGAAGAUAUUAGAGAAGGUGACAUACCAGUAAUGGACAAGCAUGGAAAGAAAAGACCUCUGGUGAAUACUCAUGUGGUUCCAGAUGAUGUGGGGGGUGAAGUACAGAAUAUGUUGGAGAGAUUUGGAGCUGACAUUAACAAGGCUCUCUUAGCUAAGAGGAAACGAUUAGAAAUGUACACAAAAGCCUCACUCAAAACCAGUAACCAGAAGAUUGAACACGUUUGGAAAAUGCAGCAGGAGCAAAGGCAGAAGCUCAAUCAUGAGUUCUCCCAGCAGUUCCUGACUCUGUUUCAGCAGUGGGAUGUAGAUGUGCAAAAGGCAGAGGAGCAGGAAGAGAAACUAGCGAAUAUGCUUCGUCAGCAACAAAAGGUUUUUCAACAGGCAAGAAUAGUUCAAAGUCAGAGACUGAAGACCAUUAAGCAACUCUAUGAGCAAUUCUUAAAGAGCAUGGAAGAGCUGGAGAAGAGCAAUGAAAAUCUUCUGGCCGGUGCCCAAAAUGAACUUCGCAAGGAAAUGGCAAUGUUGCAGAAGAAGAUUAUGAUGGACACUCAACAGCAGGAGAUGGCAACUGUUCGCAAGUCUCUUCAGUCCAUGUUAUUCUGAUGGCUCAGUGGAGGAGCAACUUGUACCUAAGUAACACGAUACAAGUACAGGCAUUAGAAGGAUGUUGAGAUUUAAAUGUUUCAAGGUUCCUAUUAAACUCUUUCCUGGGUUGUUCUAAUCUUGUCUGUUCAGGUUGUAAGAACAUAUCUUAGUAAACUUCUGUUACUGGGGGGCAGUAUGGACCCCAAACCGUUCACUGUCUGUUCAGUUGAUUUUUUAAAAUUUCAUAUCCACUUCAAAUAGUACUGGACUUCAAAUAGUUUCACUUUUUUAUACCAAAUUGUAACAAGGGGAAGAAUUAAUGAAACAUGCAUUACCCAGAUUUUACAUAAUAACUUGAGGCCUUUAGGUACAUUGUGCAAAGAGAAGCAUUUCUAACAAGCUGCAGAUUGUCACAGUUUCAAUUAGCCUGCUGAUAUAUUAGCUGUUAUAAAAAUUCACAGAGUAUGACAUAGCUCAGACAGAAUUGUUUAAUGAUGUGCAUUAUGGUAAAUUAAAUUAAUUUUGUUAACUCUUUUGUUAGUCUAGACAUUGCACUAUCUCUGUAUUAGUAUGAGAUUUAUAAACUGCUGUAAU